GAUCUUGCAAUGAGAUGGGUUUGAAUUGAAAACCUGAGAAUUAUAUUUAAGGUAAAUACUAUUUAUUAAAUAUCACAAUCUUUGCUAUUUGUGUAGUUUAUUUAAAUCAAUUGACCUGAUUUGUGAUAACCUUUGUUUAGAAAUUAAAACUUCGUUAAUCUCUAUCAAAAACAAUGAUUGAUGAAGUGUUGUUGGAUUUACUGCACAUUGAACUGGUUAAUACUUUAGUAACACCCUCAUCAAACAAAUCGGAAUUAAACGUUACUGAGUUGGAGAAUGUUGGUCAUAGCACUGGUUAUAGAUUAAUUGAAAGAAUAACCAAAGACUCACAUCGAUUCAAAGAUGAAUUGGAUAUAAUGAAAUUCAUUUGUAAAGAUUUUUGGUCUGUUAUUUUCAAGAAACAAAUCGAUAAUCUAAGGACAAAUCACCAAGGAAUCUAUGUUUUACUUGAUCAUCGUUUCCGUUUUAUCAGUAACAUUUCAUCGUCUAAACAGUUUAUUGAAUUAAUGCCCAAAUAUUUGGCAUUUUCUUGUGGUCUGAUUCGUGGAGCUCUGGGAAACCUCGGGUUCAAUGCUAUUGUGACAGGCGAAGUUGUGAAACCUCCAUCAUGUAGAUUUCAAGUUCAAAUAAACAAAACAUGAUCAUGUGUUUGUCUUAGGAAAAUUUUAUAACCGGACAAAUAUCUUUAUUAUCAAUCCUGGAACAAUGUAUUGUCAUCAAUUAAUAGCAUAUUUUAUUUUGUAACCAUAUUCUAUUUGAAUGAAGAGAAUCCCAAAAUCCUAGUCUUUUCAUCUAAUGAGCUAUUUGUUGAAUUACAAAGUGGGACUUAAUGCUUUAUACGCCGUUUAUCUUGUCUGAUUGCCUCAAUUGUCAAUAAAACUGGAAAAUAAUUUAUAUAA